AUGCCUAUUGAAUACAACGUCAUUCUUGAUUCUACUACACAUCUUUCCCUUUUCCAGUACCCUUUAUUCACUCAAGCACCAACCUUAACUGAAAUCAAAACAAAAAACAACAACCAACUAAUCGAAGCAACUGCCCUACACUCCACUUCACCCAUUACUCUCACCGGCACAGCCACCAAGUACCUCAACCAGUACUACACUCUUUCCCUCCCCACCUCAACCCACCACCCCACCAAUACAAGUACUAAUACUAAUCCAAGUACCACCCCAAUACUUUUUGGCGAAAAGAUCCAAGAUAUCUUCCAACUCCGUCCCAUCCUCCCAGAAACCCCAGAUACACUCAAAAAAGCCGAACGCAAAGAGCCCACCCGAACUUUCACUCUCGGUGAAACCCAAGAAGAACUAGAGAACAAACUCAAAAACCCCAACUACAUCAUCGAAAAACUCUCCAAAGAACCCUGGACCACCCACCACAUCCUUAACAUCCCCAACCCAACUACUACUACUAACUCAACUACUACUAACUCAACUACUACUACUAACUCAACUACUACUAACUCAACUACUACUACUACCACCACCUCAACUAACUCAACUAACUUAACUACUACCACAACAACUAACUCAACUAACUCCAACUUAACAUCACCUCUUCUUGAUGACCUUAAGCGCACUAUUUACAACGCCCGAGUCGUCAACCUUUCUACUUUACAAACUCUCUUCCCAGACUUAUCCCCUCAACAAAUAUCAGAAACCUUAAACCAACUCACUACACCCUUACUUGGUAGAUUUAUUCUUAAACCUUACUUUUACAACGACCUUUCCGUUAUCUAUAUCAAAAUUAUUGCAAGAUUGCAAAAAGAUAAAGGAUACCUCAAACUUUCCUUUCAAGAGAUCUCAGACCCUGAUGAAAGAUUCUUCUACGUUCUAAACCAAAUCUCAACUCCAGAAAACCAUAUCUACCGACUAAAAGGAUACCCAGAGUCUUAG